GUCUUCCCCACCCUGCUUCUGAGAGUGUUUGUGAAGAAACUCACGGCGCUAUCAGAUGAAAAACUUUUUCUUGUCAGUGAAUCAAAGGAAGUGUGUCGGGCCGGAUUCGAAUAGAUGAGUUGAAGAAUCAGAACCAAGAAACCUGCUUGAUUUUCAGAUUUUUCACUUGAGGUUUUUACUCUUCUCCCACUGAGAAUUUUUUCCUCUCCAAGAGGAAAAUCCACUUGAAGAAAACCUUUGUGCUUUCCUCCCUGCAGAAGCGCAACUGUCACUGAGUUUUCAUCGCUAUUUAUAUUGUUUCCUUUGCCUCUCUAGACAAGGAGCUGAGACACAAUGGAAGCAUCUUAUGUUUUUUAUGUGGACAACAAUCAGUCGUAUGUGGAGGAACAUUUAUACUUUGAGGACAACAUCGACGGCUUUGGCAUCACCAUGGCUUUCCUCUACCUCGUGGUCUGCAUUUUGGGACUGGCUGGGAACUGCCUCGUCAUCAUUGCCAUUUUGAAACUGGACAAAAUGUCAUCCUCCACGACGGUGUACAUUUUCAACCUGGCUCUGGCCGACGGACUGUUCAUGGUCGGCCUGCCGUUCAUCGCAAGCCAGAACUUUAAGAACCGGUGGGUGUUUGGGAACACGGCGUGCAAAGUUGUCAUGGUCCUGGACGGCAUCAACCAGUUCACCAGCGUCUUCUGCCUCACGGCGAUGAGCAUCGACCGCUACAUGGCCCUUGCUGAGCCUCUUCGGUUUGCAUGCUGGAGAACUCCGCGUUGCGCCAAGGUCGUCUCAGCAUCCCUGUGGUUCUUCUCUCUCCUCACCAUUCUCCCGAUGGCCUUCCAUUUCACUGCCGAUAACGGUUUUUGCAGUCCAGACUUUGCUACAGACGCCUUGUGGCUUGGAGUCCUCUCUUACACCUUCAUCAUCGGUUUUGCCAUACCCUUUACAGUGAUGAUGGUCUCCUAUGCGGCUAUGCUGAUCUCUCUGCGGUGCCGGCAGAAGCUCUCCUCUGCGCCAAACCACGAGGGACGCAGACUUGAGCAACAGCUAACCAAAAUGGUCGUGGCGGUGGUGGUAGUGUUUGGCAUAUGUUGGCUCCCGUUUUACACCUUCAACUUCCUUUCAUUACAUUAUAACAGCUUCUUCUUGAGCUUCGUCAGGGCUUUUGAAUUCGCAGUCUUACUGUCGUAUUCAUGGAGCUGUGCCAACCCCAUCCUCUAUGCCUGUCUGUCCGACAACUUCAGGAGGCACUUCCGUACCUUGCUCUGCCCUCGAAUAAAAUCCUGCCCUGGAGUGCAGUGCAGCGUGGAACAGUACGACCAAAAUGACACCAGCGUAGGGGAUGUCACUCUUCUGACCUGAGAACCAAGCACUGAUGCUUCAUUUCUCAAGCACUGAAUACUUUUGAACUUCUGUACAUAAAUCCAGCAGUAUAAUUGCUCUUGUUACAAUGAGUUGAGAGUCUUGACGAGCUGAGAUUUUGUUUACAUCCUGUUUAAAGCAUGAAAGGCACAUAAUUAUUGCCUUAGAGCAGGGGUGGGCACUCCUGGUCCUGGAGGGCC